AUGAAAACAGUUAAAGGAAUAUCGGAAUCUGUUGAUCCCGACGUCGAGUAUCAUGGUGGAUGGUGGGCUAUUAAGGAUGAAGCUGAUUUAAAAGGUGGUCUUAGUCUCGCAUUCGAAUCAAGCAUUGACUCUGGUUGCUAUCUGGCUGCUUUGGAUAACGGUCGCUUUACGAUUGGUUAUCCUCAUAUGGCUGGUGAAGGUCCUAAUCCAGAAGAAAUGUUGAUAUUAAUCAAAACGCCAGAUGAUUCAAAGAUAAGUUUGAAAACUGGCUAUGGCAAAUAUGUGGGCGUCGAUUCGGAAGGAAAUCUUGUCGCCACAGCAGAUGCUGUUGGUACCAGAGAAAGAUUUAUUUUUGUUUUUCAGAAUGGGAAAUCUGCGAUUCUGUCUGUUACAAAUAAUUUAUUUUUAAGCAUGAAAUUAGAAAAAGAUGGAAACAUCAAAGUUGUCAGUAGAAAAGCGGAAGAAGAUGAGAUGGUGAAUAUUCGCACGAAUGCAGAAAAGACUGGUCCUAUUGAUUGGCGAUUAUCUGAGGAUAAAAAAUCAGCUGGAGAAUGCGAAGAAGCUUACAUAAAAAUGUAUCAACAUUCCAAAGUCGGUUUAAAGGGAAAACAAAUUUCAAUCAACAUUGAUGAUAAAACCUCUGUAAAGCAAGCACAGGAUGAAGGAAAUCUCCAUGAAAUCCUAUUGGAUCGUCGGGUUAAAACAAAAAGUGAUAAAUAUUGUUGA